CAUCACUGUGUUCGGAAGCAGCACUGCAACAGAUUCGUGAAAAAAUGGAACUGAUCGAUUUGGAAGAGGAUACAAUUGAUGCGGAAGUACUGAACUCACUAGCUGUUACUAUGGAAAACUUCCGGUUUGCAAUGGGUAAGAGUAGUCCAUCGGCGCUUCGUGAAACAACAGUGGAGACACCGAAUGUUACCUGGGAUGAUAUUGGUGGUCUACAGAAUGUUAAACGAGAGCUGCAAGAACUUGUCCAGUUUGCGAUGGGUAAGAGUAGUCCAUCGGCGCUUCGUGAAACAACAGUGGAGACACCGAAUGUUACCUGGGAUGAUAUUGGUGGUCUACAGAAUGUUAAACGAGAGCUGCAAGAACUUGUUCAGUAUCCAGUAGAGCAUCCGGAUAAAUAUCUCAAAUUUGGUAUGCAACCAUCUCGUGGUGUCCUCUUCUACGGUCCACCCGGAUGCGGUAAAACUCUGUUGGCCAAAGCAAUUGCGCAUGAAUGUCAGGCGAAUUUCAUCUCUAUCAAGGGGCCCGAGUUGCUGACAAUGUGGUUUGGUGAAUCGGAAGCAAAUGUACGAGAUGUUUUCGAUAAGGUUGCACCCUGUGUGCUGUUCUUUGAUGAAUUGGAUUCGGUCGCAAAAGCUCGUGGUGGCAAUAUUGGUGAUGCGGGUGGUGCAGCGGAUCGUGUUAUCAAUCAAAUUUUGACUGAAAUGGAUGGGAUGUCAAAUAAGAAGAAUGUUUUCAUUAUCGGCGCAACAAAUCGGCCAGAUAUCAUUGAUUCGGCAAUUCUUCGCCCUGGUCGUUUGGAUCAGCUCAUCUAUAUACCGCUGCCGGACGAAGCUAGCCGUCUGCAGAUUUUCAAAGCAAAUCUUCGUAAAACACCGAUCGCAAUGGAUGUGGAUUUGACAUAUCUUGCGAAGACGACGGUUGGCUUUUCUGGUGCCGACCUAACGGAAAUUUGUCAGCGAGCAUGUAAGCUAGCGAUUCGAGAGAGUAUUGAGAAAGAGAUUCGCCAUGAGAAAAUGAAGCAGGAACGUCGGCUGAAGGGCGAAGAUGUUAUGGAUGAUGAAAUCUAUGAUCCUGUACCAGAAAUCACACGCGCACACUUUGAAGAAGUUUGUUUUUUUUUUUUGGCAUUAGUUUUUAGCUGUUCAUGCAUUGCCACGUCUAUGAAGUUUUUAGAAAAAUUGUAAGG